GCCGCUAUCUCAGACAUUACCAUACAACAACCUUCGUUGUAUUCUGUGUAUUAGGAAUUUGUUUGUAUCGACACUCAUUGGAUUUUGCAGAAAGAAGUAUUAUCUUGCCUAGGAUUGCACAGCUCCAGUAAGAAAGCACCAUGUCACAGACCAAUGCUGGGGAGGAUGCCUCCUCUGUCUCCGACGUCGUUUUACCCGAAGACGUGGCCUUUCCCCAAGACAAGACUUCUUCAGAGCAGGAUAUUCCUUCCUGUACAGAUGACACAGCUCCUCCUAUCCAUCCAAAACCUUCUCUGGCUGGAGCUGAACCUCAAGAGACUAGUGAUUACCUUGAUGAGGACAAGUCAGCUAGUUUGCCGCUACAUCCCCAGGAUGACCCAUCCGGUACUGAGGCUGAGGGUCAGGAAACUGAGUGUGGAGAGUCUGUGAACUUGGAACCUGAUGGACCAGAGGAACCUGAGCCAUCCAUUGACACUGCAGGCAAGAGUUGGGGAGGCUGGAGUUCAUGGGGAAAAUCCCUUCUGACUAGUGCCACCUCCACUGUUGGUCAGAGCCUGAGCUCCGUGCGCGGGAAGGCGGGUGGGGGCCUGCGGACGCAGCAGGCCUCCUCAUGUGAAGAGGCGGAGGAGGCAGGAGGAGCCUGCGCAGAGGGGAGCAGACCGGAGGAACACCCUCCACCCUCCACCCCUGCCACUCAGCCCAGCAGAGGAGUGCUCUCCAGCAUCACCAGUGCCAUGCAAAACACUGGCAAGUCUGUGAUCUCUGGUGGUUUGGAUGCACUGGAAUUCAUUGGGAAGAAGACCAUGAUAGUAUUAGCAGAGAGCGACCCUGGCUUUAAGAAGACCAAGAUCCUCAUGCAGAAGACUGUGUCACUGUCUCAGAUACUGAAGGAGGCAAAGGAGCGAGAACGGGAAAAAAUAAGCAAUCAGUGGGUUUCUGAGCCCACGGCCCACUACAGCAUCCUGUUUGAUGACUACCAGGGUCUGUCUCACUUAGAGGCUCUAGAGAUCCUGUCCAAUGAGAGUGAGGCUAAGGUGCAGGAUGUGCUGUCCACUAUGGGAGAGGAAGAGUUAGAUAAACUGAAGAGUGAGUUGGUCGCUAUAAAGGAGAUCUUCAUUAAAAGAGAAGAACAGGAGGAGGCUUCAGCAGCAGAGGAAAACGGUGAUCAUUCUUCCCAAAUAAACUCCACCACCCACUUCUCUGAUGGGGAAGAAUUUGUCAGUGUCCUCACAGAACUGCUCUUUGAGCUCCAUGUUGCUGCCACCCCAGAUAAACUCAACAAGGCGCGGGUCAGGGCACACGACUGGGUGAGGGAGGUGGAGCAGCCUGUUGCCAUGGAGGCUGCUGAGGAAGCUGUCGAAGAGAAGGGUGUGGAGUCCACCCCUUCCACAGAAUCAGGAGAGAAGGACGAAGGAAGCAUUGAUAAGGAGGAAGAGAAUGAAGAACAGAGAAAUAUCAAAGAGGAUGCUUCUGACGGUGUGGAGAAUGUGUAUCUGUCCUCAGUGGGUAGCUUGGCUGAAGUGACCGCACGCAGCAUAGAGCAACUUCAUAAAGUGGCCGAAUUAAUCCUCCACGGACAGGACCAGGAGAAGGCAGCGAGUGAGCAAGCCUCCAUACUAGUCAGGUUGACACUGGCCAUGUGCAAGGAGGUGGACUGCCUUGCCAGAAAGUUCUGUGAUACUUUACUGAAUCUAGGGAGUCAGAGAAAAGCAGAAGAGUUGAACCCCCUUGUGGAUAGUGUGAGUUUGGAGGGAUCCAACAGCACCACCUACAUUCAGAAUGCAUUCCAGCUGCUGCUGCCAAUUCUGCAGAUCUCACACAUCAAGACCAGCAGAACCAAAGGCUCUGCUCAUCCAGAUGCAGACUAACAUUGUGGUCUCCUGUAAUAAUGCAUAGAGUCUGUUUGUAUAAUAUGUCUUUUGAGUUGAUUUAUUGUGUGUGUGUGCGCGUGUGUGUGUUGUGUUUUAUGUUGCUUGUGUGUGAAUGUCACUGUGUGUACUAGAGGAGCUUACUGCAAUACGUUUAGAUAAAGAAAAGAUUUAGUUUGUUUAUGCUCAGUAUAGUAACAUCAGAAAUCUAAUUUAGAUUAUUCUAAUGUUGGACGUUGCUCUGUCACAUUAGCAAGUUUUGAGAGUUUUUAAUGUGUGUGAGAACUAAGAAGUUAUUGCGCAGGACCCAGUGCCAAAUACACUACAGUGCAAGCAGCUUCUGCCAAAGGUUUUAGGUUGGACCCAAACAUCUUUGUGCCUUAAUUCUUCAUAUAAACAUAUCCUUUAUUUCACAUGCCCACAAAAAACUGAAAUGUUUAGUCAAGAAAUGUUUAGUCACUCCAUUCCAUGCUGCAUUUAUUUUACAUAAAUGAUAUUUCUAAUUUAAUAUUAUACAAAAUUAUUGUGAUUUGCACUUGUUUGUACAGGUUUUUUUUUUUUUUUUUUUACAAAACAUGAAACUCCCUCAUCUCUUCAUUCUCUGAGACUGGCACUCAGCAAACAUGGUGUCUGACACUCGGCAUAACAAAAUACAAGCUACUGCUUCGCCCAUGACAUUUGCCAGUAUCUUAAAUGAUAUUAAUGACUCUAUGCAGCAUUUCACAACGAAUAGAAUGGAAAGACAGAAAUGUUGCUAUAACUGCCUAAGCUGUUUUGCCAUUGUGAAAUUUGGAAAUUGAAUCAGAAUUAUAAAAUGAAUCAGUUUCCUUCUUUCAGGAUCACAAGAAGAAGAAAGGGACUGUAUAAUGUAUAGGCGGUCAAUGUUUUCUUUCAUUGAAACAGUGAAGGUUUAGAUAUAGAUGAAAAUUCUGUUCAGUUAUGAAACAGCUGUGUCUUCAAUAGGAAAUGUGUCUAGGGAAUUUCUAGGGAAGAAAUUAUUAUAUAUUAAAGGUAACAUGUAGUUGCAUUGUCUUAAUUUGCAUUCAUAGCAAAACUAUUCUAAUAUAAAUAUUCUAUAUUUUAAUUGAAUGUACUUUUAAAUAAAUGUGAGGAAUAUGUAUGGUUAUUUAGUCUGAAAGAUUUCAUCUUUAAGUUAUGAAGGGAAAUAUAAGAAGUGAAUAUUGUCAUACUCAAGCAUGUCCAAUUGUAUUUAACUCUGAUAUAAACUAAUUCCUGCUAUUAUUUCAAAAACAUAUUUACUGCAGAUUAGAUUGAAGCCUCUACAAAACUGAGUAUAGUUAUGCUGCCUUAAGAAAUGAUACCAUAUAUGUAGAGGGCAGUGACCUGGUGAUGUGCUAACUAAAGAUGUGUCACUGGAAAUCUGUAUGAGGUCAUAAUAGCCUUUUGGGCCAAUAGCCUGCAGCAUUUCCCUAAAACCCGCCCACAACAUGCCCCAUAAAAUAACAUAGGCAUAGUUUGUUGUUAGAUAUCAUAGCAAGCUAAUGUUACAGCCUUAAUUAUUUAAAUAAGUAGCCUUUAUUAUACAUUGACACCUGAAGCACCAGUUAGCCCUGUUUGGCCCAAGGAUAAUCAGCGGGCCAAAAGUCACUGGCUGCCAUCCCCAAAGAAGCCCUGGGAGUGACCAAGGAUGUGCACCUGGCCGUGGCGUGCUCUAGCUCGCCCCCAUCUGGCUCAAUAGUGGAAACGCGGCUAAUGCAACUCUUUCAGUGCCUGACAGUUACAGCUGUGACUGCCUGUUCACCUUAUGAACUUGUAAAAAAAAACCUCAUGCUUGAAAAUCCAAAUAAAAAAAUCCCAAAUACA